AACGUGCAAUAUUUUCGAACGUAUGGUCGAAGAUAAACUUGCGUCAAUAGCUAUCGUAUGAGGAUUCCAUUUAUACUCAUGUGAGUCUUCGGCCUACUUCCGGUCGUCCCUGGAGCGGAAGGUCGUCCACUUUACGAAGACCAAUGACCGUCUCUCAGCAUUCAAAGUUACGUUGUGAAAUUAUGAGCAAUUUCCUUGAAUUUCGAUGGUGAAGGGGUUUCCUAUAAAAGCAUAUGAAAAGAGAAACCAGCUUUGAAUCGUUUUUUAGACGACUUACAAGUAACAGUGACGUUUCCGUUCCAUGAUGAGAAGAUUUGUACUUUUAAUGACGGCGCUUGGCGCGAUUUUUCUGAAAGAAUCGUUCGGUAAACCGACAGAAGUGGCAAAUUCUGAUGUACUGGAUCCCAUUGCUUUGACUGUGAAUAAUACCACUGAAACUGAGGCUACGAGAGAACAAAGAUCGCCACAAUUCGGUUUGUUGGGCGGUUUGUUGGGCGGUAGUGACUAUUAUGAUUACAAUGAUGAUGCACGCAAUUAUCAUUACGGAAAUAAGCGAAAAUAUUAUCACCAUAAACCGUUCCAACACCAUAGGCUGCAUGGUUUUGUCGGAGGACACGGAUGCCGCGGUUAUGGCUGUGGCGGAGGAUGGCAGCCGGACUACGGCGGCCAUCAUUCCGGUCAAGGAGCGUCUUUUGCCUCAGCAUCGGCAGGAUCUAUAGGUGGAGGUGGUCCUUAUGGCGGAGGACACAGCCAGGCCAAUGCACAGAGCGCGAGUUUCAGCAUCGGGCCUUUCACAGCCUCGUUUAGCGCUGCUCAGUCCUCGUCGGGACAGGACGGAUUUUGAAUCCGUGAAAGGAUCCGCAGAAGCUGCGCGGCCCCGAAAAUCACCCCUAAUUUAUUUCCACCAUCAUCGUCUCUCCGCCAUCAUUGUGGGUCCAUUGUUUACAAACAUUCUACGUCACUCGCUAAGAGCAAGUAAAUAAGCCUAACCGCGUGCGCGAGCCACCCUCUUGCCUCCUGCGAGAGGAUUUCCUGAGCGAGCAAGUUCCCUUUGUCCGCAUGCCAGCCACCAGAUGUUCCCCAAAAUAAAAACGAGAAAAAUAUCGCGACGUAGCGCCGCGAUUUGCGCACGAACAAGCGAGACGGAGGCGAAAUCUGGCAGGAGAGGAGCGAGGACAGAGGAAUCACGAAGAGCGAUGAAGUAGGGAGGAAACGCCGCGAGACGGAGGGUCGUUGGAUAAACGGCACAAAGAGAUAGGAAGCCGAAGGGAGGAGGGCCUUGUAAAGAGCGAGGGCCCCCUGAAAUCGAGAUCCGAAAAGCCUCGUGCAAUGACCGGACGAACCGCACACGCAAUCUUCUUCGCCGGCGCAGCAUCCUCCGUUUCGAGAUACUCUCCUCACUCUCCUCUCCUCGCGCUGCCAGGAGGAGAGCGGCGCCCUCGAGGACGCCCUCCUCCAUAGGAGGAUGCGCUCGCUGAAGAACGUCGUGAAUCUUCGGCGAGAAAUACAGUUUAUUUAUUUGUUAUUUAGCGAAGGAUACCGAUGGACCAGUUUUGCAAGUUUUCUAGUGAUCUCCAUUAGUAAUAAAUGUCUAGUAAUUUUUGCGCUAUUUUUAAAAAAUUAAUAAAUAAAGAAACUUGUAGAAAAAAAAAA